CACACACACACACAGAGCAGCGUACAGUCAGAGGGUUCCUUCAGUUUCUUCAGUUUAUCUCAGGAGCUACAGGUAUUUCCCAGAAUGCACAUCUUCCUCCUCUUCGUCCUCCUCGUUGCUCCGGUAACAGCGGUUCCCGGUUGUCACGGCGGCAGAGAUAAGGCCCACCGGAGACAGGAAAACUGCACCGCGGCGGGAUUCACCGAAGUACCGACGGGACUCGAACCCGCGACCAAGGUUUUGAUGUUUCCCCAGAACCUAUUCUCCAGCCUCUCCUGGUCCUCCUUCCAGAUCUUCACGGAGAUCUACGAGAUCGACCUCACUGGAAACAAGGUUCCAGAGUUGACCCCCAGCUCCGCUCCGAUCCUCCCCAGCCUCAGAGUCCUCCGGCUGGGGUCGAACCGCCUGACCUCCCUCCCUGAUGGAUCCUUCUCCGCCUGUCCGGCGCUGACUGAACUCUACCUGGAGGGCAACGCCCUGGUUUCUCUGAGUGACAACACCUUCUCCGGACUCAGCAAGCUGGAGAUCCUGGACUUAUCGUCCAAUCGUAUCCAGGUUCUUCCUCAGCUCAUGCUACAACCCCUCGCUGUGAUCGAGACCCUGUACAUCCAGAACAACAAGGUCCUGACGAUGCCUGACGGUUGGUUCAGUCCAAAGGAGGACGUGCCGUACCUUUUCCUCUCGGCCAAUCCCUGGGCCUGCUCCUGUUCCCUCGGUUACCUGCGCAGAUACAUUGAUGAAUAUGAUUACAAUGUGUACGUACGGAAUGGACCGAUCCUCAAGACCGACCCUUGGAGCGUGGUGUGCGACUCUCCUCUGAGGCAUAAGGCAACAGCUGUAUUGAAUCUUGAAGAAUCUGAGCUAUGUCCACCAGAGCCAGAGCAUCCGAUACGUGGAGACGGAAACAAGCCAAUGGAAACUGUGGCUCCCACCGUCCCAGUUCUUACUAAUACUCACAUUCAUACCACUACUACUGCUGUUUCUAUGACUACUGCUUUUGCCCUCCUCGUUGCUCCGGUAAAAGCGGUUCCCGGUUGUCACGGCGGCAGAGAUAAGGACCACCGGAGACAGGAAAACUGCACCGUGGCGGGAUUCACCGGAGUACCGACGGGACUCGAACCCGCGACCAAGGUUCUGUUGUUUCCCCAGAACCUAUUCUCCAGACUCUCCUGGUCCUCCUUCCAGAUCUUCACGGAGAUCUACGAGAUCGACCUCACUGGAAACAAGGUUCCAGAGUUGACCCCCAGCUCCGCUCCGAUCCUCCCCAGCCUCAGUGUCCUCCGGCUGGGGUCGAACCGCCUGACCUCCCUCCCUGAUGGAUCCUUCUCCGCCUGUCCGGCGCUGACUGAACUCUACCUGGAGGGCAACGCCCUGGUUUCUCUGAGUGACAACACCUUCUCCGGACUCAGCAAGCUGGAGAUCCUGGACUUAUCGUCCAAUCGUAUCCAGGUUCUUCCUCAGCUCAUGCUACAACCCCUCGCUGUGAUUGAGACCCUGUACAUCGAGAACAACAAGGUCCUGACGAUGCCUGACGGUUGGUUCAGCCCGAAGGAGGACGUGCCGUACCUUUUCCUCUCGGCCAAUCCCUGGGCCUGCUCCUGUUCCCUCGGUUACUUGCGCAGAUACCUUGAUGAAUAUGAAUUCAACGUGUACGUGCGGAAUGGACCGAUCGUCACGACCGACGCUUCGAGCGUGGUGUGCGACUCUCCUCUGAGGCAUAAGGCAACAGCUGUAUUGAAUCUUGAAGAAUCUGAGCUGUGUCCACCAGAGCCAGAGCAUCCGAUACGUGGAGACGGAAACAAGCCAAUGGAAACUGUUUUCAAGGCAACAACCACCACCCCCAAGGCAACAACUACCACCCCCAAGGCAACAACCACCACUACCAAGGGCAACAACCACCACCCCCGAGGAGCCUAGGAGCAGCUGGAGGGAGUGGCUUACUCGUUGCUUACCCAGCAUGCCCUGGAGUGUGGCCCCGCCUCCUGAGGGAGAGGCUGCUCAGUGAUUGGUCAGCUGGAUGAACGUCAUGACAUCAUUAUUAUUUUCUGUUGUUACAUUUGAAAUGACUAAAAUCCAAAUGUAGACAUCAUUGGAUAAGAGUUAUGACGUCACUUCCUGUCUAUCUUCUGUUUUUCAUUCUAUUAGAAAGUAUAGCGGGAUAUUAAUCUUUUUAAAACUAUAAAAAUUAAAACCACCUUUAUUAUCAUUCUAACCCUAACCCUAACCCUCAACACGCUUUUAAUGACACAUUCCCAAAGGCCUCCCAUAAUCACUACUAACAAAAUAAAUGAAUAUUAACUGUGUGUUUAAUUUACAUUAAUCAAUAAAAACUGUUUACUCACCUUUAAGUCAUCAGAGAGUCAUUUAAUAAACGAUAAAAAAUG